AUGCUCCUCGUGGGCCUUCUCGAGGCACUCCUCGGCUUCUUGCUGGUUCUCGCCCCGCUAUGUGUUCACCUGGCGACGAAGGGCGCGCCGCGCUCUUACGACGGCUGGUUUUCCGUGUUCAGCUCCGUGCCAUGUGGGCGCCGGGCCUUCUCCUCGCUGAUUGGCGUCAUCGCGCCGUACACCGCGUCGAUCGGAGCCACGCUCCAGGAAGUCAGCGCCUCGUCCGUCACAGCGAGCAUGCCUGACCGGCCGUGGCUGCGGAACCCCUUCUCCUCGGUCCACGCCAUCGCGCUCGCCAAUUUGGGCGAGCUGACGACGGGGAUCGCCGUGCUGAGCGCGCUGCAGGGGCUCAAGUCGGUCCGCGGGAUCCCCGUCGCGGUCAACACGUCCUACGAGAAGAAGGCGAGGACUCCGAGACGCCUCGCGCAGACGCACGCGAGGGGCACCGUCACGUGCACCUGCUCCAUGGCCAGCGUGCUCGAGGCGCUCAGAGACGUGCAGGAGCCGUGCCGAAAGCCGAUCGAGGGCGUCCUGACCAACGCCAAGGGCGAGCGCGUCGCCGUGUGCAGCGUCGUCUGGGCCUUCUCGCUCAACCUCAAGCAAAAGGGGGAGAACGCAGCGGCCACGUGAGAUCUCUCACACGCGCCCCAAUUUUAAGCAACUUCUU